UAUACGUAAAUGCAUCGUUUUAUUUUUGAAGCCGCUUACAAGUAUUAGUUAUAUUAUUAUAAAUAAAUGCGUUUGUCGCGUUUCUUCAGUUAAAAAGUAAUGUUAAUUUAUUAAGCAAGGUGUGUACAUAAUUCUCAAUUAUGGCUAACGGUCCAAUCGCCGAGCGUAACAGAGAUGCAACGAUAUAUGUUGGUGGUUUGGAUGAUAAGGUCACAGAGUCCUUGAUGUGGGAGCUCUUUGUGCAAGCAGGACCUUUGGUGAAUGUUCACAUGCCCAAGGAUCGAGUCACUAUGAUGCAUCAGGGAUAUGGCUUCGUUGAGUUUAUGGGUGAAGAAGAUGCAGAUUAUGCCAUUAAAAUCAUGAACAUGAUAAAGCUAUAUGGAAAACCUAUAAGAGUUAAUAAAGCAUCUGCACAUCAGAAGAACCUUGAUGUGGGUGCAAACAUAUUCAUAGGUAACCUAGAUCCAGAGGUUGAUGAAAAAUUGCUUUAUGAUACGUUCUCUGCAUUUGGUGUUAUACUGCAAACGCCAAAAAUCAUGAGGGAUCCUGAAACUGGAAAUUCCAAAGGGUUUGCUUUCAUAAAUUUCGCUAGUUUUGAGGCAUCAGAUGCUUCUAUUGAGGCUAUGAAUGGUCAGUAUUUGUGCAAUAGGCCUAUAUCAGUGUCUUAUGCUUUCAAGAAGGAUGCCAAGGGUGAGAGGCACGGAUCUGCUGCAGAGCGUUUGCUUGCAGCACAGAAUCCAUUGUCGCAAGCUGAUAGGCCUCAUCAAUUGUUUGCUGAUGCUCCGCCAAUGGGAAUGAUGCCUCCAGGUAUCAUGGCUCCGCCUCCUCCGCCCGUUAUUUUAGCUGGAAUGAUGCCGCCUCCACCGCCUACUCCUUCAAAUAUGCAUCCUCCUCCUCCGCCGCCUGUACCACCACCAAACGCAUUCCCUACCGGUAUUCCACCACCUCCUUUACCACCAGUUCAACCUCCUCUUCCACCAGGUGCACCGCCUAUGGGAUCCACUCCUCUUCGUCCUCCUUUACCUCCGAUGCCACCUUCUUCUCAGGGAUCCUCAGUUCCACCACCGCCGCCUAGGAUGAUGCCUCCAUGGCAGGGUAAUGGCAACUUCCCACCGCCUCCUGGUCCACCACCUUCCGGACAGUCACCGUUUCCAGGCGGAUUUCCACCACCGCCUCCACCAAGCAACAGACCUCCACCUCCAAACUGGAGGCCACCACCACCUAAUUUCAGUGCUGCUGGAAGACCACCUUUCCCACCUAGAGGUCCACCGCCUCCUCCACCCACCACCUUCGAUUCAAAUUCACAAUUUACUGAUAACAAUUGGUAAAUAUCGGACAAA